ACGGACCAAAACUAAAAUAAUAAAUAAAUAAAUAAAUAAAUGGGAGUGUUGGAAAAGUAAAUGGGAAGCAACGACGACUGAGUCAUCUCCCUCCUCCUCCUCCGUUCUCCACCUCUGAAGUUGAUCGGAACUAAGCUCUUGGGGUUGCGAUUUGAUUACUUCCGUGGAGGCUUUGGUUUCUCUCUUGGAUCCUUAUACUUAUCUUUAGCUCUGAUUCUUACAUGUCUUCCAGCUCAAAUCUACUGCCUUUGGGACCUAUGAAGCUCUAAGUGUAUGUUGAGUGAUUGAAAGACAUACCACGUUACCACGAGAUUGGAAAAGAUGCUUGAGGGACCAAAGUUCGAUAUGCUCGCUGUUGGCAAUCACCACAAUUACGAUGCAUUCACCCAAGACUUUUAUCAAAAGCUCGGUGAAGACGGUACAAACAUGUCCAUGGACAGUAUGCAGACAAGUAAUGCAGGAGGCUCUGUGUCAAUGUCUGUGGAUAACAGUAGCGUUGGUUCUAGCGACGCUCUUAUCGGCCACCCUGGUCUAAAGCCUAUGCGCCAUCCUUACUCUCUCUCCGUUGGCCAAAGCGUGUUUCGCCCCGGAAGAGUCACGCAUGCGCUCAACGAUGAUGCCUUGGCGCAAGCGUUGAUGGACAGCAGCUACCCAACCGGGGGACUUGCGAACUACGAAGAGUGGACGAUAGAUCUGAGGAAACUCCACAUGGGUCCUGCUUUUGCUCAGGGGGCGUUUGGUAAGUUAUACAGAGGGACUUACAACGGAGAGGAUGUAGCCAUUAAGCUACUAGAGAGGCCAGAGAACAGUCCUGAGAAGGCGCAAGCCCUGGAGCAGCAGUUUCAGCAGGAGGUCUCUAUGCUCUCGUUUCUGAAGCACCCCAACAUCGUUAGGUUCAUCGGCGCUUGCAUUAAACCGAUGGUGUGGUGCAUCGUGACUGAAUAUGCUAAAGGAGGCUCGGUGAGACAGUUUUUGACUAAGAGGCAAAACCGAGCUGUGCCUUUGAAGUUGGCGGUUAAGCAGGCGUUGGAUGUUGCCAGAGGUAUGGCUUACGUCCACGAGCGAAACUUUAUACACAGGGAUCUGAAGUCGGAUAACCUCCUCAUAUCAGCUGAUCGGUCCAUCAAGAUUGCUGACUUUGGCGUUGCAAGAAUCGAAGUUCAAACUGAAGGGAUGACACCUGAGACAGGGACUUACAGAUGGAUGGCUCCAGAAAUGAUCCAGCAUAGACCUUACACUCAAAAAGUGGACGUCUAUAGUUUUGGAAUCGUGCUAUGGGAGCUGAUAACGGGUCAGUUACCGUUCCAGAACAUGACUGCGGUUCAAGCUGCAUUUGCGGUGGUGAACAGAGGAGUCCGUCCAACGGUCCCAGCGGAUUGUCUCCCUGUGCUUGGCGAGAUCAUGACACGUUGUUGGGAUGCGAACCCUGAAGUCCGUCCUUGUUUUGCAGAGGUUGUCAAUCUUCUUGAAGCGGCUGAAACCGAGAUAAUGACGACUGCGAGAAAAGCCCGGUUCAGAUGUUGCAUGACGCAACCAAUGACAAUCGACUAAUCUGUUGUGUGAAGAAAGAGAGAGGACAAGAAGAGGACAUAACAAAGAAAGAGAGGAGGAAGGGCUUUAGAUAUAUGUAAGUUUGUGUGUGUAAUAUCAGAUUGUAUCUCUUUUCCCAAGGUAGGAGAAGUAACACCAACCAUUUUAGACUACUGAAACUUUUGUAUGCAGAAAAUGAACAAAACAAAUGUACUGUGAAUGUCUGAAGUGUUUGGUUUAGUUUUCCUUGAGUUUAUUUUUC